CCCGGUGUUCUCGCCGGUACCCGGUGCCGCUCUGACAUCAGCACCGGGCGGGGCGGGGCGGUCCCGGCCGGGGAAGAAGAGCGGCGAGGGGGGUCGGGCCCGUCCGGACCCGGACCCCGGUGCCGGUGCCGGGGCGCAGCGGGCGCGGGGCUCCCGCCGUCGCCGGGGCUCUUGGGGAGCGCGGCCGCCAUGGGCCGGGCCGGGCGCUGAGCCUCCCCCUCCGCCCCCGCCCUCGCCUCUCCGGUACCGGGACCGGGCCCCCCGCCGCCUCCCCGCCUCCGGGGGCACCGGGGCGGCGAGCGGGCGGUACCGGCAGGCCGGGCGCUGACGGCAGCCGCCGGGAUCCGGGGGGGCCGCCGCACGGGAGGCCCCAUCGGGAAACCGCCGGGACCUACCGGGAGCGCCGGGAGCGCCGCCCCCCGGGCAGAGCUGCCCCCGCCCCGCCGCGCCCCGUCCCCCGGAGCCGAGCCGAGCCCCGGGGCCGCCUCGUCCUUUGUGUGCGCCGCGGCCGGGCCGGCACCGGGCGACCGGGGUACCGGGGCGACCGGGGCAUCGGCAGCCGCCACCGGGGGAGCCGAGCCCGGGCGGCGGGAGCGGCACCGGCGACCGCCCCGGCGAUAGCGGGAGCCGCGCCGAGCGCCGGGAGCGGCCCCGGGGCCCGGCCCCCUCCCCGGCGGCCCCAUGAAGGAGCCCGACGCCAUCAAACUCUUCGUGGGGCAGAUCCCGCGGCACCUGGAGGAGAAGGACCUGAAGCCCAUCUUCGAGCAGUUCGGGAAGAUCUACGAGCUGACCGUCAUCAAGGACAAGUACACCGGCAUGCACAAAGGAUGCGCCUUCCUGACAUACUGCGCCCGCGAGUCAGCCCUGAAGGCGCAGAGCGCCCUGCACGAGCAGAAAACCCUCCCGGGGAUGAACCGGCCCAUCCAGGUGAAGCCGGCGGACAGUGAGAGCCGAGGAGAGGACCGCAAGCUCUUUGUGGGGAUGCUGAGCAAGCAGCAGGCGGACGAGGACGUGCGCAAGAUGUUUGAGCCCUUUGGCACCAUCGACGAGUGCACGGUGCUGCGCGGGCCCGAUGGCACCAGCAAAGGCUGCGCCUUCGUCAAGUUCCAGAGCCACGCGGAGGCCCAGGCCGCCAUCGCCGCCCUCCACGGGAGCCGCACCCUGCCGGGUGCCUCCUCCAGCCUGGUGGUAAAGUUUGCAGACACGGAGAAGGAGCGGGGACUGCGGCGGAUGCAGCAGGUUGCCAGCCAGCUGGGCAUGUUCAGCCCCAUCGCCCUCCAGUUCGGGGCCUACAGCGCCUACACGCAGGCGCUGAUGCAGCAGCAGGCGGCCCUGGUGGCCGCCCACUCGGCCUACCUCAGCCCCAUGGCCACCAUGGCCGUCCAGAUGCAGCACAUGGGCACAGUCAACCCCAACGGGCUCAUCGCCACCCCCCUGCCCCCCUCCUCAGGAACCAGCACGCCGCCGGCCAUGGCCGCCACACCGGUGCCCGCCAUUGCGGCCCCACUGAGCGUCAACGGCUACAGCCCGGUGCCGGCGCAGCCCGCGGGACCCCCCGCGCCAGAGGCUGUCUACACCAGCGGGGUCCCCCCUUUCCCAGCCCAGAGCCCUGCCGCCCCCGGGGACCCCCUGCAGCAAGCCUACGCCGGCAUGCAGCACUACACAGCCGCCUACCCAGCAGCCUACGGGCUGGUGAGCCCGGCCUUCGCCCCCCCGGGGCCCCUGCUCGCCCCCCCGCCCCCCCCGCAGCAGCAGCAGCGUGAAGGCCCCGAGGGCUGUAACAUCUUCAUCUACCACCUGCCCCAGGAGUUCGCCGACACCGAGAUCCUGCAGAUGUUCCUGCCCUUCGGCAACGUCAUCUCCGCCAAGGUCUUCGUGGACCGCGCCACAAACCAGAGCAAGUGCUUCGGCUUCGUGAGCUUUGACAACCCGGCCAGUGCCCAAGCGGCCAUCCAGGCCAUGAACGGCUUCCAGAUCGGGAUGAAGCGCCUCAAGGUGCAGCUCAAGAGGCCCAAAGAUGCCAACCGGCCGUACUGAGCCUGGUCCGGAGGCUCUGGAGCAGCACCCAUGGGUGCCUCCCUGUUGCAGAGCAGGCCCCCCCCCCCAGCGGUGCCCACAGGGGGCUUGGUCCUGCUGGGGGGGGGGACACAGACCCCCACAUGCUCAGGAAGGAUGGAUCCCCCCCUCCAGGACCCAUCUGGACCCCCCCAUCCAUCCCAGUCCAGGCAGGGCUGGGUGGGCCCUGGGUGCCAGCACCCCCCCCAGCAUCUGGGUCCAGUCUGCCCUGGGGGACACCCCACCCCCCCCCCCCCCCCCCCCCAAGACCCCCCACUCCCCACAGGGACCUGCCCCCCCCCCAGGGGAACCCUGGUUGGAGCUUUUUUCUCACCAUACAGGACCAAAACCAGCUCCAAGCCAGGAAGGGGGGGGGUCCCCACUGGGGGGGGAUGUGUGGGGGGACACACAUGCCCACGGUUGGGGGUACCGGCCCUGGCACUGCCACCCCUCCCAGGUCCCCUGGGUGGCUGUGCCAGGGCGCAGCGGGACCCCCUCCGCGACACACACUGCCACCCCGCUUCGCCCCCCCAACCUGCCUCAGUUCCCCCCUUUCCCCAUGAACACCGGUGGCUGCACUGGCACCAGGUGGGGGGGGGAUGCAGCCCCACGGCACUGCCAUGGCCAGGGUGCGCCAGAUGCUGCGUGGGCACGCAGCAGCUGAAAUUGCUCCAACACUGGGGUGUUCCGCCAUGGUGAUGCACCCGGUGCCGCACGUGGCCGGCGUGGCUGAGCCAACGAUGUGCCGGGUGCUGGAUGGACAUGCAGCGGCUGGACCCGGGACCUGCCAGGCACAAACCAGCCAAAUCUGGGAGACAGGCACAGCCGGCAUCAGGAGCCACAGGGACCCGGAGCAGCUGUAGCAGAGACAUGCUGCUGGCAUUGGACAGACAUGGGAUGUGCCAGCGGACACGAGGCCUCCGGCUCUGCCCGGAACCGCUGCAGCGGCCAAAACUGGGGUGUGCCGGGCACCCACCAGCCAAAACGGUGCUGAGUCCAGCACUGUCCAGCCCCGCAGCCUCCCCGCCCCCAGGGACGGUGCCCCGGCAUCCCCUCAAACGGGGACAGUGCCCCCGGCCUCCCCCAGCCCCAUGUUUACACCUGCCGCUCCCCGCUGUAAAUAAGGUGGUUGGGGGCGCGGGGGCAGGGGCGCUCUCUCUUUCCCCCCCUUUUGGGGGGUUUGGUACCUGCUGAGUUGAUUUAGGGGGUGGGACGGGGUGGGGGGGCACAGGGCCGUUAGCGCGGGGCGGGGGACGCAGACCCCCGGGAGUUGACGUCUGCGGUUGAGAUGCCGCUGCUUAACUUAUUUGCUAUUUAUUGCAGUUACUUUGGAUAAUUUAAUUUUUUUUCUCUUUUUUUUUUUCUCCUCUUUUUUUUUUUUUUCUGUCUAA